CCGGUGGGUCGGCGUUUCCGGGGGACUUCUGUGCGGCGCAGCUUCUUUUCCGGUGAGCGGUAAUAAAGCAGCAGGCCGGGCGGAGCAGUGUGGAGGCUUCGCGGGGCAAUUUUUUUUAAAAGUUGUUUGGCGGAAUCCGGUGUUAAUCGGAGCCAUCUCAACAGCAACCAUGACGGUCGGGAAGAGCAGUAAGAUGCUUCAGCACAUCGACUUUCGGAUGCGCUGUAUAUUGCAAGAUGGGCGGAUAUUUAUCGGGACGUUUAAGGCGUUCGACAAGCACAUGAACCUCAUCUUAUGUGACUGUGACGAGUUCAGAAAGAUCAAGCCUAAGAAUUCCAAGCAGCCAGAGAGAGAAGAGAAGCGAGUUUUAGGUCUGGUAUUACUCAGAGGAGAGAACCUGGUCUCUAUGACUGUGGAGGGCCCACCUCCCAAAGAUACUGGUAUUGCCCGUGUGCCCUUGGCUGGGGUUGCUGGAGGCCCAGGUGUGGGUAGAGCAGCAGGCAGAGGUGUACCUGCUGGAGCUCCAAUGGCCCAGGCCCCUGCUGGUCUUGCUGGACCAGUGAGAGGAGUUGGAGGUCCAUCACAACAGGUAAUGACUCCUCAGGGUAGAGGCACAGUGGCUGCGGCAGCAGCUGGAGCAAGCAUCGCCGGUGCCCCCACACAGUAUCCUCCAGGCAGGGCUGGACCUCCCCCACCCAUGGGCAGAGGAGCACCACCUCCAGGUAUGAUGGGCCCUCCCCCUGGCAUGCGGCCACCCAUGGGACCUCCCAUGGGCAUGCCCCCAGGUCGUGGAGCACCUAUGGGCAUGCCACCUCCAGGCAUGAGGCCUCCUCCACCAGGAAUGAGGGGACCACCUCCUCCCGGCAUGCGUCCCCCCAGACCUUGAUUUGCCACACUGGACUCAAAAUUGAUUUGUGAGGCUUUUGCUUCCUCCUGCAGGAAACAUUGACUGUGGGCUCUUGUAUAGUUUCAGUUGAUUGUUCUUUUUGUAUUUUUUUGUUUUUUAAUAAAUUGUCUAUUUGACUAUCGUUUUAAAA